GCCGACGAGGGAGAAGUCGACAGAGAAGGACGGAGAGAAAGUGGAGGCAAGAGAAUGUCGAAAAGGUGGAACAUUGUAGACAAUGUAGAGGGAAUGGAGAUGGUAGAGGUGGAGGACGUAACCGAGGUCGAGGAGGUGAAGGCGAUGGAGAAGGUGGAGGUGAGGAGAGAACCGGAGGAGGAGGAGGAGGAGGAGGAGGAGGAGGAGGAGGAGGGAGAAAACGAGGCGCAGAAGAACGUAAUCUACAGGGGCGGGGUGGGAAGGGUAUGCGGAAAAUGUGGAGAAUCGGGACCACAUGGAGAAGGUGGAAGUGAAGAGAGAACCGGAGGAGGAGGAGGAGGAGGAGGAGGAGGAGGAGGAGGAGAGGAGGGAGAAAACGAGGCGCAGGAGAACGUAAUCUACAGGGGCGGGGUGGGAAGGGUAUGCCGGAAAUGAAGAGGAUCGGGACGACGUGGAAAAGGUGGAGGUGGAGAGAGAAAUGGUGGAGGAGGAGGAGAGGGGGGGAAGACGAGGCGCGGAAAAAGGUAAUUAUCAGGGGCGGGGUGGGAAGGAGAUGCCAGAUAUGAAGGAUCGGGACCACGUGGAGAAGAUGGACAUGGAGGAGGAGGGAAAACACGAGGCGCAGGAGAACGUAAUCUACAAGGGCGGCGUGGGAAGGAGAAGGAGAUGCCGGAAAUGAAGGAUCGGCACGACG